AUGGCAGGGGCUCUGGUGCGGAAAGCGGCCGACUAUGUCCGGAGCAAGGAUUUCCGGGACUAUUUGAUGAGCACACACUUUUGGGGACCAGUAGCCAACUGGGGGCUCCCAAUUGCAGCCUUCAAUGAUAUGAAGAAAUCUCCAGAAAUCAUUAGUGGAAGAAUGACAUUUGCCCUUUGUUGUUACUCUCUGGCAUUCAUGAGAUUCGCCUACAAGGUGCAGCCUCGGAACUGGCUCCUCUUUGCCUGCCAUGCAACAAAUGAAGUGGCCCAGAUCAUCCAGGGAGGAAGACUAGUCAAACACAACUUGAGUAAAAAAACCUCCGCAUAAUAGUGGGAGGUGGGGUUGUACCCCACUGCAGAGACAGCAUUUCCAGCUACAGCUGCUAAGACACAGAUUCCAUCACUCAUGAUCUUGCUAAGGAAAGGAAGAUAACACACAGCAUCUUUUCAUUAGCCAGACUUUUUUCUUUAGAAAAAGCUGAGAGUACUUAGGAUAACUCUUUGCUGCCUUACAAAUACUAAACCCAUUUUCUCCUUUCUCUUUUUAAAGAGUAGCUCAAAUUAUGCAACUAAUUUAAUGAUCUCAACGAUGGUUUUAAUCUGAAAUAAUAUGUAUAUUAGCUCUUGAUCAUGGGAUUUAUCUUAUGAAAAAUGGAAGAGAACAAAGCUUGUAACUUUUAGCACUUAUGUACACAGAAAAUUUGGUUUGUUCUAUUGUAGUCAACCAGUGGUAGCUGGCUGCACACAAAAAUCUUAUUUCCAGUGAAGUAAUUAUUUGAACCAGUUAUCUGUGUACUUCCAUGCAGUAUGUAUGAUCAAAUGCUGUAACUUAAUUGCAAUAAAUCGUUGAAAUAGUAAA